AGUACUUCGAAGAGAACAAAGAUGGCGGUCGAUUUGAGUGUCGCACGCCGACAACUUGGAGAGGCCCUUGGGGACUUCUCUCAAACGUAUGAUCACUUGUUUUUUCUUUGUUUAAGGAAACUUUGAUCGAACGUUAUUUUAUAUUCUUUGUUCUUAUUUUAAGGUACUGGAACAACAUGAAGCUGUGGUACAAACAAAAGGUAACAUCGAUUAUAAACACCGUAUUGCAUUUGUCUAUCUGUCACACUUUAAAUUACCGCUGCUCUUUAAGAAGAUAUUGUUUCAGCUACUCAGAGGAAUCUUUUACCUUGGUUAAAAUCAUGUUAAAAUGUAGCUGUAAGUGUAACAUUUUAAUUUUUUUGUUAGUAUUAACUAAGCAGUAUUAAGCGGAAACUGAGCUUGAUUUUCUGUCUUGUCGGAGGGGCUUUGUGGGCACGUGCUGGGGUGGAGUGCGGUGUACCCUUAUCCAUCACAAACCUUUUUACUGUAGAACUUAUUAUUAUUAUGUGAGGAACACCUUCAUUAGUGGUGAAACUAUCCAGGGUCGUCUAAACAGUUUACAAACUUAAUGGAUUCAAAGAUAGUCAUAGAUAUCAUGGUAAGGCCUGUUUCAAACGUCGUGCUACUGCCUUGCUAAGCUGGCUCGACUGUAGCUCAACUGCAGCACAACACUAGCACGACUUGGUUUCAGACGUUGAAUUUAAUUCAGUCGAAUAGAACGGCUGUUGCGGAAAACAAAACACAAAAAUAAAGAAACGGUUUAGCAAACUUUUAAAUAUACCCUAAUGUAUUUAUAAUUUAUGAAUUGAGUUCGGCAAGGUGGUAGUACGACGUUUGAAACCAAGUCGAGUUACUGCCGUGUAGCAUGGUAGUAGCACGACUUGGUUUCAAACGUUGCACUACUGCUGUGCUAAAGUCGAAUUUAAUUCGAUCAAUUGAGUUCGACACGGCAGUAGCACGACGUUUGAAACGGGCCUAAUAUACAAUUAAGUGCGAAAGAUGGGAUGGGUGGGUGUAAUAAUAAUAAUAAUAAUAAUAAUAAUAUAAUAAAAGUAAUAAUACACCAUAAAAUUCCGAAAAUAAGCCCCUCCAUGUAUAAGCCCCUUUCAAAUAUGAGCCCCCCAAACUCGUAAAGCAAAAAAGCCUCAGUUAAAUUGCCCCUCCAUAGGCCACCCCAGGGGCUUGUACCAAAAUGGGAACCUUUGGAGCUAAAAACUGGUAGGAGAUUUCUGUAGAUGCCAUAUUCUGCUUUUUAUGAGAUUUUUUUUUAAAAGAAAAGGGCAAAUACACAGUAACUUUGAUAAAAAGAAGUUUUUUAAUCUCACUGUGCACUCAGCAGGAAGUUGUUCUUCUUGUAAUGCCAACUGUAUUUGCCACAGGUUUCUGAUUAUUCAGUUUCUUGCAAUAAAACUUUGGGUAAGAAUACCCUUUCAGGUAGAAGAUAGUCUGUUGGCACUCUUUCUCUGUUUGUGCAUCAGCUUUCACAAAUAUGUUAGCAUAGCAUUUUAAAGUUAAAUUUGACCAGCAUUCUGUGCAGCAAGUUUUAUGGUCCCCAUUGACUUCAAACUUGCAGAUAAAAACAGGGCUUCUGAUAUUUCGCGGAAAACAAAGCAAAAUUUCGCGGGAUUUUCAGGGGCAAAUUCGCGGAAAAAUCGGCCGAUUUCGCUGGAUUUUCGCGGGAGAAAAGUCAAAUUGGGAAGAAAAAUCGGCCGAUUUCGCAGGAUUUUAGCGGAAAAAAGUCAAAUUUCGAAGAAUUUUCAGGGGCAAAUUCUUAGAAAAAUUGGCCGAUUUCACGGGAAAUUUCGUGGGGGAACUUCGCUAAGAAACAAUCAGUAAAAAACAGCCGAUUGCGCUGGAUUUUUUUUGGCAAAUUUCGCUAAAAUCGAUCAAUUUUGCGUCGAUAUGACCAGCGUUGUUUAACGUUUUUUUAACUGUGAUAAUCAUUUGCUCUUUCAACAAAAGUUCGCUCGAGAAAAACAUUAUGGUUAGUGCCCAGUUUUUCGCAACGUUCAUCUAAAAAGCCUGGUAGUUUUGGGACGUUGUUUACUUGUUGCAGUGACGAAAUUUCAAGAUAAAUUUGGACGUUUGGGGUGAAUAAAACAGGCCUAAUGACCAAGAUAAGAAUUAAAUAUGUUUUGCCGACAUGUAUUUGGAAAUAUUUCUGGCGGCUUUCGCGGUAUUUCGCAUUUUUUGGGGAAUUUCGCGGGAUUUCUCAGAAAUACCUGAAUUUCGCGGGUCCGUGACUGUGCAAAAUAUCAGAAGCCCUGUAAAAAUGAGAGUUCUAAGGCUUAUUUGGUGAUGUUAGGGAAAAAUCUGUUGCAGGAUUUUGAAGUUCUUUACAUUUUUCAUAAAAUGUGAUUUUAAAUAUAUGCCGAUAUCUCAAGUGUUUUUAUACCUACAAGAAAAUAAGUAACAUUUUCUUAAAGUUCCACUAUUCUGUAUUAAGGAUGCCAAAAAUUGUAGAAAUUGGUUAAAUCUUUCCUGCUGGAAAAAUGCAACCAAAACAAACAUGUAAAUAGGUUUGCGCCACCUCAAGAACAGUGGCCUUUCAUUCAACCAAAUAAAUAAGACCAAGAUACAUGGUGGCAUACUUCAAAGAUCAGAAAUCUAUGUGCCGACACUGUAAAAAUCUGUUGGACCUUCCUAGUGAAGUCAAAUUGGAUUUACAGCCUACCGUAGAAUCCCGGUUAUAAGCCCCCCCGGUUAUAAGCCCACCUCUCUGCUAAUAGAAAUUUCCUCCCGGUUAUAAGCCCCCCUGGUUAUAAGCCCACCCGAUUAUAAGCCCACCUCUCUGCUAAUAGAAAUUUCCUCCCGGUUAUAACCCUGUUAUACCGGGUGUUGCAAUUGAAAGUAGACAUGAUUAAAAUUUUCAUUUUAAUAGAACGGAUUUUAGACGUUUUUUUCCUCCCUAUUAUAAGCCCCCCGGGUUAUAAGCCCCCCCCGAUUAUAGGCCCACCCAAAAACCCUUACGAAAUUGUAUAAGCCCAGGGCUUAUAACCGGGAUUCUACGGUAUCUGCAUAACAGAAAGCUCUUCCAAGGCCCAAGAAUUACGGAGAAAAAAUUUCAUCUUAUGAAUUAACCCUGUUUUGAUUACAAAUUUAAAUGUAACUUCUGCAGUUUAAGUUUCUUUGCUGGCAGGUAUUCUAAUCCAUGCUCCCCACAAACAUACACAAACAUUUCUCCAUUUGUGUAUUUUCUUACAAUCUUGUGCUGAUGCUUAUGCCCAAGGACAGGAUAUCGAACUACAGAAAGAGACUUCUCUUAAAAUCAUUGCUCUCCACUAUGAACAGUGAAAUAUUUAAAGAGAAAGAUCAGAUUGGUUAACAACAGCUUUCGUUCAAAAAAAUUUAAUGGUUUUAUGUGCUUGUUUAUUAUGCAUAUUAAAUUGUAUAAUGUAUAUGAUGCCUAAUAUAAAUGUCAUAAUGCAGAUUUCCAAAGAGGAGUUUGACACACAGGCGAAGAAAUGUCUCGGCAAUGACAACAGUAAGUGUACAAUAAUUAUUUUGUAUGAUCAGAGCUGUGAUAAAACUUUGUGUCAAUUUGUCGUUGAUUUAUUAAUUUUUGCCAUAACAUUAUUUAAACUUGCAGUCAGUGUAAUGUAACCUUUAGAAUCAACUAGGUUUUACAACAAGGGAAACAUGGCAUGCCUGAAACUAUCAUUCGUCGUUGACGUCAGUUCACAUAUUGAAAAAUGUAAAAACUACCGUAUCAACAACAGGAACAUAACUGAAACUUCAGUAUACUGCACUAUAAAACACAUUUGUUUGUCAUGAACCAAAAGCAAUGAGUUUAGCUUUCCUCCCCUGAGUCAGAAAAGAAUUCGAUUUCCUCUACAUCGCCUAGUCCGCUAGUCUAGUAGACCAUCGAUGUUGAUACUGGAAAUUAACGACCCACCAAGAGUAACGACACCCGGAAAGUAAUGAGCUGAAAGUGACGAGGGUUGCUACUAUGGGAACUUUACAUUUGGUUAUUUUACAUAUCUGCAGCAUUGAAAUUAAUGCAGUAAAGUGUGAUCAAUCUGUGCAUUUUGAUUGGUUAGAUGGUUGAACACGCAGUACUGGGACGAAAAUAGUCUUAACAAAUGUGUUCUAGAACCCGUUCUUGUUUUACUCUGUAUAAAUGUUGUGGUUCAAUAAUUUUAUCCUUAGUUGAAAUUUAGUUUUCCCUUGUGUUUUGGUCUGUCAAUUUAUGAUAAUGACUUUAACACAGGGAAAUUAUACUGCAUAAACCAAAGAUGAAAUUAAACCACAACGUUAUCAUACAGUUUGUUCUAUUUGACUUCUUUUCAGUUCAUUUUCACAAUGAUUUCUUACUGGCCAUUUUAGCCAAAUGUCAAGCCCUUGGGGCUACCCCAGGUGUGUUAUCUAAGUUAAUUUUACAGGAUGAUCGUAUGUUUCUGGGAAACUGCCCAGCUACCCCUCCCCUAUUAAAAAAAAAGCCAACAUUAUCACUUACUUCUCACUUAGGGCAAAAUGUUGACUUGGGGGAGGGGUAGGUGGUCAGUUUCCCAGAAACAUAUAAUGAUCCAUGUUAUUUAACAUUACACUAGGGACCUUUUCUUGCCUGUAAUUGAAACUGUAAGAAACAUGUUUGUUGUUUCUGAACAGUCUCUCUCAGUGAGCAAAUGAGUAGCAUGUGAAGAGGACUGUGUCUCUUGAUAUUUGGAUGUACAUUCUGUAUAGUAUCAGACAGUAGAGAACUUUUGAAUAUGCAACAGGAUAGUAGAGCAAAGAAGGAUGGCAAACCUUGUGUGACAAGCAUGACAAAAAUUUUGUUUGAAAAAAAUUUCAGCCAAACUUCACCUUCCUUUGAACAGAUAUUUUCGUAAAGGACCAGAACACAGUAAUGUCAAUUGAGGAUCACAACAAUCACUCAAGUUAUACCCCUGUCAUGUUUGCCACACACAGAAAUUUUGUUGUUUCCUACAGGCAGCAACAGUGGCACAACAUUGCAUGGAGGGGGUUGGGGAGGAAAAGCUACAUUUUUCUUGUUUAAAGUCGGCAAAACAUCAGAAGUUGUCUCAACUAAUUUUGUCAUGAUUGUAGCAUUGCACUUGUAUGGUUAUUAUUAACAGAUGAGUAUAGUAUCUACUGUUUAGUUCUGUUGAAUGAAUUUCCUUUUCAUUCUACAGCAUCACAUCCCAGAACACCACAAAAGCUGACUCCUAAACCACAGCUGAUCAAGAAAGGAAAAAUCAAGAAACCCAAAAAAGUAUUAAAGGCAAAUUUUGAGGUAAAGAUGAAUAAAUAAUUAUGACCCCUUAAAACAAACGUCUUGAGGACAUUUGAGCCAUUCUAAUCUUACUGACUGACUGACUGUGUUCUUUUUAUAGCAAAGGUUCACUCCAUGUGAUCCUCUUCAGGGAGCUCCUGAACUCUCCCUAAAAGAAUUAUCAGACGAAAGUGAAAUUGGACUUUGUACCUAUGAUAUGAUGUUACCCGACACUGCUACCAUUUAUGGUCGAUUGUUUCUUGGUGCUUGGGAUGCAGGAUUGGAUAAUGUGGCUGAUGAUACAGUUAGCCUCAUGCUUCAUGCUACUGAGGUAAUACAACAUUGCCUAACUCUAGCAAAGACAGUUAAAGAAACAUAGUUGAUAUAGCUAAAAUCUGCUGUCAUGUAAAACCAGAAUUCAACCUAGUUGGAAUAGAAGUUUCCUUUGUUUUCUAGCCCUCUAGUUAUUUUUUGAGACAAAGGGAAUCAAAAAUCAACCUACAUGUAGGUUAAUUCAAAAUAACUGAAAUUUGACCUGGAACAUACCCACCUGAAAUGGCACUUAUGUUUUCUAGCCCUCUACAUAUAAUGUUUUGAGACAAAGGGAAUAAAAAAGUCAACCUACAUUUAGGUUAAAUGAAAAUUACAACCUGAAAUCAAAUUUGACGUGGAACAUACCCACCUAAAAUGGCACUUAUGUUUUCUGGCCCUCUACAUAAAAUUUUUUUGAGACAAAGGGAAUAAAAAAAUCAAUCUACAUGUAGGUUAAAUCAAAAUAACUGAAAUUUGACCUGGAACAUACCCACCUGAAAUGAGACUUAUGUUUUCUAGCCCUCUACAUAUAAUUUUUUGAGACAAAGGGGACAAAAAGUCAACCUACAUAUGGGUUAAAUCAAAAUUACACCUGAAAUCAAAUUUGACCUGUAACAUACCCACCUGAAAUGGUGCUAGUGUUUCCUUAUUUGGGUCUCAUAGAUUUAGGCAGUAUUGCUAAGCCUGUGUUGCCUCUGAUUGUAGUAGUAGACAAUGAGUAGUCCCUCAUUUUGUAUAGGGAUACUAGAGCGAUCUAAAGUGCGAGCAAGCACGAAAUUGCCAUUUGAGAGGAGGGGGACAAGCAGAGGGUCUCACCUCUCCCCACGGGUGUCAAACUUUCACGUGCACUUGCAUAUUUUGCUUGCUCAACAAUCCUUGAGAAAAGGGAAGGACUACUAGUCUUGUAUUCUGUUUUUAUGGUGGCUCUGUAGGUGCAGUGGUAAUUGUAAUAAAUAUUGCAAUUACCACUGCGACGAUCAAUGAUAUCUUCAUUUAAAUUUGUAUUUUUCACAUCAUUCUAUAAAAUAUUUUUAUUAUAACCAAAGAAGGCAUCUGCUGUCGCAGGCUACGGAAUCUGCUGCAGUCAUUAUUUCAUGCAGCUACAUGAAGAUAAAUGUGUAAAAAAUCAUGAUUAACUUAUCUCUGCGAUGCUGUGUGUCGAAUUCCCACAAGUGCAGUACAUCGAUUUUAGUGAGUCAAUUCAUGUUUGAAAGCGGCCGCCAUUGUGACUAGUGAACACCUUAACUUAUCGAUAAUUUUUGUGGUCAGUCACUUUUUGAUCGCUAAGGUGUCCCUUAAUGGAUUAAAUCCAGGUUUCAGGACCCAGAAAAAGUGUCCCAUUCCCCUGAAUAGAAGUGUCCCUUCAAUAGAGGCAACAAAUACAAAGAUUAUGUGAACAUUUCAGUGGCGGACCCAGACCUAGAGAUAAGGGGGGGGGAAUGGUCAUCCAAGGGGGAGGGCCCAGUCUCCAAGAAUAUAUUUUUUAGCCCUUCAGGCCUCAGUUUGGUCCAGAAAUAAGGGGGGUGGGUGGCCCCCCAGGCCCCUACCCUGGAUCCACCACUGCAUUUUUCCAGGACCAAAUUUUGUGUCCCCUGAAUGGCAGUGUCCCUUGAAUAGAGGUGUCCCAAAAGAGGAGGCUCUACUGUAAAAACAGAAGCAAACAAAACAAAACAAAAAGGUAUUGAUAAUAAUAGCCAUUGAAAUUACUUUUUGAUAUUACUUCAAGACUUCAAGACUAUUACUUCAAUUUGACAUCAGUAAGGUUGAGAGACGUAAAUUGGCCACACUAAAAACAUUUUGAGUUUCAUCCUUUCUUCCUAUGUAUCUUCUUUCAUUUCCCUUUUUUAAUUUUCCUAUGACAGCGUUAGUGUAAAUAGGUGUAGUGAGAUCUACUAAAGGGUCACCAGUACCAUCUAGCAUAUGUAUCACUACCAGGCUUACCAACACAACAAGAAAUGCUACCUAAAUUUAUUAAUCAGUCGCAUUUCUUAUUAAAGGCACUAACGUUUGCAUAUUAUGUGGACAUACCCCUGUGGUAAGGCCAAGAAUUUAACUUAGUGGAAUUUAUUGUUUUUGAUUGCAGCACCUUGUAAAAGAUAUCUUAACAGUUUGUUGUUCAACGAGAAGUUCUUUCAGACUUAAAGAUGGACAUUUUCGCUACGCUAUCGGUAGCACCUAUCCUAGACUACAUCUCAGAAACAGUACAAGUCCUUGGCCUCCAAAUUCUGAAAGGUGAGGCAUUAGUAGUAAUCUUUAUUUCAAUUCGGUUAAAACUCAUCGGGAUGGCAUAAAUAAAAAAGCAGAAAAAAAUUACUAUAAAACCAUCAAUAUUUAUACAAGAGAAUACGUAUUGUAACCAAAAAAAAAAACUUGCUUUUCAAGAGUGCCGUGCGUUGAAGGUUAGGCAUUAAUUAAAGUAACAUCUACAGUGUCUGGAAACUCUGAAGGGUUUGAGCUUGCCGCAACUCUAUUGGAAGACUAUUCCAGAGCACUGCUCCGGCAUAGCUGAAACUCCUCUUUCGGAAUUCAGUACGGGGAAGCGGAACGGAAAGUUUGCCCUCGGAGUCUCUUAAUGAAUAGGUUGAUAGGCUACAAAUUUAGAACAGAGAUAAUCUGGGGCAAGACCGUUGAGUGAUUAAUAGAUCAUAACCACCUUUUGAACCUCUCGCUGGCAAUCCAGGCAUCAUUUGUGUUUCCUCUUUUCAUAGUAUUUGCAGACUUUAUUCUGAAGAAUUCAUCAGUUUGCCUUUCUAUGAAGUGGAAACCUAUGUGUGUAGCUUUAAUCUUAGUCCUAUUCUAAAGUAAAGCAAAAAAAAAAAACGCAUGUGCCAGCAUACAAUAUUUGUUUGAAAAUUCUAAAAUUUAAACUAGCCGUUUUUUCCCUACCGGAUGUGAGUAAUGAAGACAGGAAGAAACAAAUGGUUUGCAUUUCCCGUUUUCCGUGUUGGUAAUUUUUGAAACGUCUCAAGCAGUGCCCAGAAAAAAUGUUCAUUUGUCCGGAAUUCGACCGGCUGGGGAUAAUAGUGCCUUGGCGACGCUACCACUGGAUUCCUCGCGAAAUGACGUCUGAGAAACGAGCGCAGAAACUCCAUACUGAUGACGUGUAACUACCAAGAUUUGGGUAGCACUUCUAAUUGCUUCUGAUUGGAUGAAGCAAUUUUUCAACCAAUCAGAAGCACUCACGACCCAGAUCUGGGUAGUGACACCACAUCAGAGGUCAUUUUCGCGGGAAAACUAGUGCUACUCCUACUGAUAUACUCUUUAGCGCUUUCGCAUUGAAAAGAGAUUAAAAAACCAGUGGGGUCGUCGCGAAAUGUCGGAUGUUUUCUAGGCUAGGGAUAGUAGAUGACGCGGGAAUUCCGAAGUCAGAGUGAAGCAACACCAGCCUAGUCCCUGGGCGUUCUCGGCUCGGUCAACCCUAGACUCUACCGAGAGCUGUGAUGUCACCGAGAGAGACUUCGCGUGGACAACGGGGCAAGAGAGAACGCUUAGGGACUACGCUGAAGCAACACAUUUGUUAAGGUAGGCACGAAAGAUAUCUUAAUUAAACCAGUUGAACAUAGUUUACUGAUGUUGUGUGAUUUGUGAUUAGGUCUGUAGGCAGUAGCAAUAACGGAAGAACGUUAGAACAAGCUGAAGCGGAAGCAGCAGUAACUAUUGCCUCUAGUGAUAGCAGAGUUGUUUCUAAUCCCCCUAUAUCACUGAUGGAUCUUAGAGACGCUUUACAGGUGAGCUAAAAAACUUUAUGAUACCCAAGGGUUUAUUUUAAAACCACAUUUGAUUAGAUGGUGUUAUGACUGUUUUAUAGUAAGAGUGUUGUAACCCAGUUGAUUUUUAGUCGUUUAGUCGCGUAAAUUGCGUGCAAUAUGGCGGAUUUUUAAGCGUGAACACGCGUGUUGUGUUGCAAUAGGCUAUUUCCGAGUUUCCCGAGCGUCUUCUUUGAACCAAAGCAAAGCGCGAAGCCAGAUAUUAUGAAAAUUAUUUUUUAUUCUCAUACAAGUAAAACUCAUUUUCACAAGAAAGGUUUUGCUCUUCGCCUCGUUUUGAGAGUGAAAGUUUUUGGAACUGGGAAAUGGCUUAUUCCCGUGGCCUGUACUGCACUUGUCAAAGAAGGCUGGGCUUAAAGAAAUCGUGACUUUUUAAGUGGCACUCUAUCUGAUUCAUCCAUAUCCUUUCUCAUUUCAGGUUCAUCGGAGAGUAAUCCCUUCCCAUACUGUUUAUUCGGCUAACAUUGAAAGAACACUAGCGAAUAUGUGUCACCCAAGUAACGAUGAACUCGAACAAAAUCAGCUCCAUAAACUGGAGGCAAGGCGAAGAUACGAAAGACUGAAGCAACAACGGAGCUUACGAUUGUAAAUAAAACAGAUAUGUCAUUGUAUUCAGAAGAAAAUGGUUACAGUUGAAUCUGUGGUACCUGAAAUCUCUGAUCUUGUCAGAGAAUACUCUUUCUGAGAACCAUGCAUAUUUCCUGAAAUUCAAAAAUGUCGGAAUUAUAGGGGCGGAAAUUCUACGCAGACAAAGUUUAUUCUGAUUGCCAUCUUAGUGACUGACUAACAGGAACAAGUUGGAUCGCGACAACAGUUGACAGACCAGGGCUUCGUUGAUGAUGAGGGCUGGAGAAUUAUAAUGUCUAUUACUGGACUCUUCAACGUUAAUCGGAUUUUCACGUUGCGUCUUUUUUAGCCUGUCCUAGGCUUCAAGAUAGAAGUAAAUUGUAGGAAGUAUUAAGUGAUGCAAAAAACGCGCAGGGGCUGCGGAGAGAGAGGGCACCGCUCCCCUUCCCGGAUCGCGCGCGUCUUCUUAUCGCUUGGCUCGUUUUAUUCUCGCAACGUCCCUUCUGUCUUGAGAGCCUGGCACAGGCAACGUCAUUUCUUACUCGGUCGUUCGUGUGUUACGUUUAUGGCAAACCUUAAUUUUUAAGACUACAACUGAGAAUAGCACACUUCAGCUUUUGUGUGUGUUUAUUCCCAAAGUAGGUUAUGUGAUAUUAUUCUUGUGAACUUUACUAGUACUGUCUCUUUCAAAUUGUAUCUUAUUCACCUGCAUAUAUACUCUAAAUUUACGAAAAGGGAAAGGGGCAAUUGCCUUGAGCACAUCCUAUCUCCUGAUCUACAUUGAGAAAACAAACACAUUUAAGCUCGAGACUUCCUUUAUCCUGGGAACUGAAAAUACUGUUAGUUGAUUGCAACUGUAGUUCCUUUUUAAAUCCUGUGGCUCAAAUGGAUGUCGGGCCCCUUAUGAAGCCUAGAUCGAUCUCCAUGCAACCGAAAACGCCUGCGGAGUUCGGUAUGUAAAGGCAAGGGGCGUGAAAGUUAUUGAGGUAAGAGAAAAAUGUUGUAAACAGGGUUUGAAGUUCUACGACUCUCUUUACGUUGGUUUUUCUCUUUUUUCUUGAAAACGUAAAUAUUUAGACAAGAUAAGAUUUCUUCAGAGUGUAGGGUUCGUGAGGUAUCCGAUCUCCUUCUGACCGACAGGAUGUAGACUCUACCAAGAUCAUAUCAGGGCCUAUUUUUGGCUCUGUAUUCUUGUAUUCCGUAAUCCGUACUAUACGAGUCCGGUUCAGUAACAAGGGGUCAUUCCUUUCGCCUCCCAAAGAAAAAGGGAAGAAGGACGGCCUAAUCGCAGGUUAGGUCAUCUCGUAUAUGACUGUACCACAGUCCAGUCGAAGCUCCUUCUGGAAAAAAAAAAGAACAAAUUGUCCGCAACAGGAGCUAGUCGCUUAGGAGAAUGAUUUUUUUAAGCGGAGAG